ACGUUUGUCGCACUCCCAGUCCAGCAGUCCUGCAACCGAGAAAUCAGACAUUGCUAUCCGUUUUAUCGAAAGCCAAAGUCGCAGACCGUGGUCCGUGGCUAUCGGGUAUCCUUUUACCAAGAACAGCUUUUGCUUGCUUGAGGAGAGAAGCGAACCCUCCUCGCAGAAAAAUCAGAGAAACUACAAGGUCAUAUUCGACUAAAACAUUGCUUCUCCCCGAUUCGAUUCUUUGUUUGCUCCCUCGUUUGAAUCCAAGAACAACCUGUGAAAAUUCUUGCUGGUUCGUAAAAGAAGCCCUAUUUUUUGUUCCAUUCCAUCCCCUUCAGUAAUCAGGAUUUGUGGGCAAUGGCUGCUCGAACGCUCUCCGUAUUACCGUCAACAACUGCCGCUUCACAAUCAGCCUGUAGAAAACCAAUCCAAUCUUCUCAAUCCUUCCCUUGUUAUCUCAGACCGGCAAUUUUGGUGAAUACUUUGCUCGGGAAUAAGCUCUCGCUUCGUCCUUCCAAUUUGAGGCCCCUACUCCGCCGGCAACGCCCGGCUGUUGCAACUGUUUUGUUUAGUCUCCCGACUGCAAAGCCAGAUAGGGCUCCUGCUGAGAAGAUACCCAAGUGGUCUGCGAGGGCGAUAAAGUCUUUUGCAAUGGCAGAAUUGGAAGCCAGGAAGCUUAAAUACCCGAAUACCGGGACCGAAGCUCUUCUCAUGGGGAUCUUGGUUGAGGGAACCAGUCUAGCAGCAAUUUUUUUGCGGGCAAAUGGAAUCACACUUCUCAAGGUGCGAGAAGAAACUAUCAAGUUACUUGGAAAAUCUGACAUGUAUUUCUUCAGUCCUGAACAUCCUCCAUUGACUGAACCAGCUCAAAAGGCCCUUGAUUGGGCAGUUGAUGAGAAACUGAAAUCAGGUGACAAUGGAGAGAUAACAACAACCCAUUUACUUCUUGGCAUUUGGUCCGAAGAAGAAUCCGCAGGCCACAAGAUAAUGGCUACUCUUGGCUUUGAUAAUGAGAAAGCUAAAGAACUAGCCAAGUCUAUAAAUGAUGAUGUUAUUCUAAGCUACCGGUAGGGACACCAAAAAAAGUUGUUAGAAAAGCAAGGCGCCUGUUAUCUGGGAAGGCUCUCUACCCGAAUCUCCACAGAGUGGACAGCCGGAUAGCCAACAGUUUUUUCUUUUUUUUUGGAUGGAAUUUGUGCUGUAUAUCACCAGGUGCCGCUGUAUCCACACUGGAGAUAUUGAAUUGUCAUUUUUUUUUUUUUCAGAAUGCAUUUCAUGUGAUUUUGCCUACAUUUAUCAUGGUGGAACAGCUUCCAAGACA